GGUGUGUUUUUGUAGCUUUGACUUUUAAUCUCUUUCAAAUGAGCGGGAACAUUGAGAUAUUUAGUCCCUUUCCUUCACAAAAGCAUACCCAAAUAGCCCCUUUUGUCUUAUAUCUGUUUACAAUAAAGAAGAUGAGCUACAUAUUUUAAAGACAAGGUUAUCCUACUUGUGCCAGAGGCACAUGGAAAGGCUGAAAAGUGAGCGAAGAAGUCAAUGUGGGAGACCACAGGACACCUUUUUUACAAGCAGCAGGAGAAAACGAUUUUGUAGGUUGUAAAUGACGUGACUGGUUUAGGCAUUUUUAAAGAAGAGGGUAAAGCAAUGCAGGACAGACUUGGCAUUAGAGUCAGGUGGUAUGGAGCACAACUUGGCCUCCCUUAUGCAUUGUGUCUUUGAGAACAAAAUGAACCCAUGUUGUUCUCUGUACAGCUGGUUGUUCAGAUCUCUAACAAGUUGUCUCGUUUAAUUAUUCAGAACAACACAGUACGAUCAUUACAAAAGACCAGGAAGUUGUCAAUCCAGUGAUGCAGGGGUGCAGUCAUGUGGAGGAUUCAGAUUUGCUGCGCACUGUUUGCACUGUAUUCAGCAGCACCGCCUGCACACAUCAACCGUCUGGCGCUGUUCCCUGACAAGAGCGCCUGGUGUGAAGCCAAGAACAUCACACAGAUAGUCGGGCACACGGGAUGUCAGCCUCGCUCUAUUCAAAACAGAGCCUGUCUGGGCCAGUGUUUCAGCUACAGCGUCCCCAACACAUUCCCACAGUCGACUGAGUCUCUGGUUCACUGUGACUCCUGCAUGCCUGCCCAGACACAGUGGGAAGUGGUGACUCUGGAGUGCCCCGGUGCAGAGUCCCCUCAUGUGGAUAAGUUGGUGGAGAGGAUCUUCCACUGUAGCUGCCAGUCCUGCAGUAAAGAAGGCGGUCAGGAGGGGGCAGUGAUGCAGCUGUAUCCGGCAGACAAUGUCCUAGAUGUCCCCUCUCUAUCUGACACCCUCAGCAGUGCCCAGUCCCACCCACUACCCCCUUCAAAUUUGCACCCCAAGAAGCAUGCUCAUGCACACACAGACCAUCACACACUACCACACACAUCAGAUGGAGGGUAGGUCCCCCUCUUUCUGUCACUUUCCUUAUCUUUAUUCUCACAUCCUUUGUAGCACCCUGUAGAAUUGUAAAUGCACUUUGAAAAUAAGGCUUCACACACACUCACGAUGUCAUGCUAUCAGAAAACACUCUAUUGUAUGUAAAGUCGUACAAACACACCAGCCUAUGCACUCUUUUUGUUGUAUGAUUAGAAAUGCAUAUGUGUGCAUCCAGACAUGACUAUAGUCUGUUAAUAAGCUGUAGUCUCAUUUUGUUUAAUCUGCUUUAAUGGUAUAAAUAAAUAUUGUUGUGAUAA